CUGGCUCCGGCUGAAGCGGGGGUAGCGGCUGCGGGGCGCUGCGGGGCGGCGGGGCCGGCGGCGGCUCCGGCGGGGAUCGCGCUGCGGCGGCUGCUGCCGCCGCCCUCGUGGCGCGCGGGUAGUUACACGGUGGAGUCUCUAAGGAGCAGGCUAUGUCUAUGGAUAAGAAGUCCUUUAAUUAUCUCUAGACGAUAAAGCUUCCUUAGGAACGCUUAACUGAAAUGGUGCUGAUUUGAUGUAAGGACUGUGAGUGCUGUCCAUCACUGGAAGAGGUUGUCCAGAGAGGCUGUCAAAAGUCUUUGAAGGUCUUCAAAACUUGACUGGCCAAGACUCGGAGUACCCUGGUUGCAAUUGGUUGUUGAGCCUGCUUGGAGUGGGAGGCUGGACUGGAUGUCCUCUUGAGUUCCGUUCCAAGGUUCCUGUUCCACACCCACUCCAAUGGUAUCAGAAUGUCGUCCACACUUCUUACUGAUAAAAAAUAUUAGAAAACAAGACUAGCACUUGUCAAAUGGGGCUCUCUCUCCAUUCCUCUCCAUACACCUUUCCUUUGGGGGAAAAAGAAGAGGAGAAUAGCAUGAAAAGUGCAAAAUGUUUCAAAUUCCUGUUCAAAAUCUUGAUAUUAUCAGAAAGGCUCGAAAAAAGGUGAAGGGCAUUCUUGUGGAUCUUGGGCUUGACAGCUGCAGAGAAUUGUUGAAGAAUCUUAAAAGUUUUGACCCAGGUGAAAAACAGUUUUGUAACACUUCAUGGAGUGAUGUCUCUCCUUGGGAGUCUGUGGGUAAAAGGAAGAGAUACAGAACAAAGCCGUACUGCUGUAGCUUAUGCAAGUUCUCAUCAAAAUUACUUACUUCAUUCAAGAAUCACUUGCACCGUUGCCAUGAGGAUGAAGUGGACCAAGAGCUGGUGGUUUCUUGCCCAAAAUGUGCAUUUGCUUCUGAUCCCAAAAUAGUGGGAAAACAUAUCCGGAUGUUUCAUUCAUCUAAUAAAAGAAUACAGAACUAUACAGUCAGCAUUUUGGAUGGCAUGAAACAAUUCAGGACUGACAUCAUAAACUUCACAUGUCUAAAAUGUCACUUUACAGACACUUUGUAUUACAAUAUGAAGAAACAUGUGUUGAUGAACCAUUUUCAAAACUUAAUAAGUACAUAUUUUGGCCAGAAACCUGAUGAAAGUAAAGAGAAUUCUGUUGAGCACUACUGUAAAAAAUGUAAUGCUUCUGCAAACAGCCAAGAUUCUUUAAUGUACCAUGUCUUAACAGCCGAAACACACCGAGACCUGGAGAACAAACUUCGGUCCGUGAUUUCAGAACGUAUUAAGAAACCAGGACUUGUGAAACAAAUGCAUAUUGCUCCAAAGCCUCCCCAAGGCGUGGCAGUUGCUGCUCCAUCUGCAGGGCCUGCUGUUGCCCCAGCAGGUUCCAUCACAGCUCCAGCUUGCAUCCAGCUUGCAAUUCCACAAAAUAAUCAAAACCAGAGUGUGGUGCAGCCGAAAGCAGUUCAAAACACAGUCACCUCACUGACUGUUCCAAGUGCCUCUGGUAGCCUUGCACAUGCAACUUCUGCUCCAGUUGUUACCCCAUCUCAUGUUACUCUUGUAUCUGGUAAUCUUCCUGUCGGUCAGAAUAAUGUUAAUAUUCAGCCACCUUCCCAGCCUGUUGUUGUUUCCCACAGGCUCCCCCUUAAUCAGCCUGUGAGGGCGGGAGCUAUUCCUGCUGUUGGGACUGGAAAUAGAAAUGUGGUCCCCACAGUUCUUCCUCUUAAUCAACCUAUUGGGCCUGGUCUUUUCCCUAUUAAUCAAUCCAUUGGUGCUAUAAAUGGUCCUGUUUCUCAACCUGUCAGCCCUGUGAACCAGCCGGUUGCACCAGGAGUUCUCUCUGUCAACCAAUCAUUUGGGGAUGUGAAUAGACCUAUCGGUCCUGGGGUCCUUCCUGUGGCCCAAACAGUUGCUUCAGGGGUUCUCCAGCUUAACCAGACUGUUGCCUCUGGGGUGGUUCCUGUCAGACAGCCUCUCCGACCUGGAUUUCUUCAGUUUAAUCAGCCCAUUGGCCCAGCAGUUAUCCCUGUAAAUCAGCCAGUACAACCUGCAGUUUCUCAAAACGCAACUUUUUUGACUGCAAGUUCUUUACUUAGGCAAUUGAUUCCAACUGGUAAGCAGGUUAAUGGUAUACCCACCUACACACUUGCCCCAGUUUCAGUUACUUUGCCUGUACCUCCUGGUGGUGGAGUAGCAACUGUUGCACCACCACAAGUGCCCAUCCAACUAAUGCAGUCUGGGACAGCAACUCAGUUGUCCCAGUCACCAGCCAGUGCCCCCUCUCCUCCAGUGGUUUUAACGGCUCAGAAUGUAUCCUUGCAAGCCUCCCCCCCUGGGCCUGAGACAAGUCAAGCUAACAGAAAGGCUAAGCAGUGGAAGACUUGCCCGGUUUGCAAUGAACUUUUCCCAUCAAAUGUCUACCAGGUGCACAUGGAGGUGGCCCACAAACAUGGCGAAGUAAAAAUGGAGGAAACCCUGGAGCCUGACAAGCUUGCAGCUUGCGCGCCAUUUUUAAGGUGGAUGACAGAAAAGACUGUCCGAUGCUUCUCCUGUAAAUGUUUUCUCUGUGAGGAAGAGCUUAUGAAACAUCUUUUGAUGCAUGGCUUAGCUUGCUUAUUUUGCACAGUUACUUUCCAUGACUUAAAAAGCCUUGUGGAGCACAAUAAGUCUACUCACAGUGGGAAAAAGCAGUUACAUGCAGAUUAUAGCAACAGAGGAUUUCAACUAGGUAAUGAUGGUCAGGGUGACCUUGUGUUUCCACACUUUGAUUUCAGUACAGUGUUACCAAAAGAAGACAUGGGUGAAAGAGAAGUACAUUUGGCGGUGCUUGCUGGGCUAAAUUCAAGGACGCUUGUCCCUGUUUACAUCAAGGUGAAACCUCAGACAGCAGAAGUGAGCAACAGAAACAACAAAAAAGUGUUAACCUGUCCCUUUUGCUUUGGUACAUUCAUUAGUAAAGACAGCUACGAAAUGCAUUUGAAAGAGCGGCAUCACAUAAUGCCAACUGUACAUACAAUUUUGAAGUCUCCCGCUUUCAAGUGCAUCCAUUGUUGUGGUGUGUACACUGGAAAUAUGACUCUAACAGCUAUUGCUGUGCAUUUGCUCCGUUGUAGAAGUGCUCCCAAAGACAGCAACUCAAGCGUGAAGAUGCAGCUUGAGCGUACCGAGAAGAAAGAGCUCCUGUUUGUGAAUGGUGAAAAGCGUGUUUCUGUAAUACUGAAAAGAAAGCAAUCGGAUUCCUGCUUUGUUGCAGAAGACCAAAGGAAUAAGGAACAGCCUCUGAGCUUAAGUACUAGUAUAGUUCUAGCUCCAGAAAAAGAAGGGGUAGUGCCUUUCAAACGACAGAAGAUUAAUAGUAGGACUGAGAUGAGGAAGCUUCCUUCGAGUGAGGAUCUUCGCCUUCUAGCAGUAGAUCCUAAACGAUACGAUCACAAUUCAUAUGAGGCUCAAAAACAGUUUUUGACAGACUACUUUCACGAGAGGCCAUAUCCUUCUAAAAAAGAGAUGGAAUUACUUUCCUCACUGCUAUAUGGGUGGAAAAUUGAUGUUGCAUCAUUCUUUGGGAAAAGGAGGAAUACAUGCUUAAAGGCGAUAAAUAAUCAAAAACCAUCUGUGCUGCUGGGUUUCAGUAUGUCUGAACUAAAAAAUGUUAAGCAUGGUUUGAAUAUAAGAGAUGAACCAUUAUGUAUGUAAGCAAGCUUUUUAUAACAGCUAAAAGCAAUCCAUAAUUGCAUACUUACCAGUUUAACUGUUUAUUGUAUUAUUUGUUUUAACUUGCAGACUGGCCUGUUGAAGGGUACAGUAGUACAAAAGUCUCAUUCAGUUGUGACUGUUAAUGUGAAAGACACAUGUAGUUGUGUAUUUGAAAAAGCUAAAACCUUCAGACUUGCACAUCUGGAAUUUGUUGUAGCUUUUUACUUUUUCUGGAGUAGUGAGUUUUUUGUUGUUUUUAUUUUAUUAUUUUAUUUUUUUCCCCCGUUCUUCCCCUCCAGGCUCCCAUUACACUUUUUAUACCACCAUGUAAAACAUUUGUCCUGUUAAAGACAAAUUUUAUUUUAUUUUUCUGCAAUGUUGUCAUCUUUUCUAAACAAUAAAAUGUAUAAUGUUGUUUAAAAUACUGAGGUAAGCUAUGUGAAAAACACGAAUCUGAUUAUUUGUAUUAUUAAGCCCUAUUUUUAUUAACCUCUUUCUGUUUUAUCUACUGAAAAAGUGAUUGUAGCCUUUAUAUCUGUUCUCCCUUCAAAUUCUCAAUGCAGUGGUAGCAAUAAAAUACAUGGCAAUCUUCCCCCCCACACACUCAAAAUACUCAUGCCAGUCAAGUCUAGUGAUUUCUAUUAUCUAACCAGUAUAAACAUGGUAGAAAUUGAUGGGCUUGGGGGUGCCUGUUAAAGUGUUCUAAUUAACUGACUUGAAAUGGUUGUGGUUUUAGCUAUUAAUAGAUCUGGCUAACCAGAAGUGUUGGUGUUGAAGCCUGGUUGUUUAAAUACUUACUGUUCAAAGCUUUGUGGCAGCGUUUGGUUUCUUCAGAAAGCAAGACUGCUUUGGAGAGGGUCCAGUUGCUUUGAUAAGUGGAAUUCUGUGCACAUCAGUUAUCUGUUGAAGCCCUAUUCAAUUAUCACUGAAGUUUGGUGAAAAAUCUGGUUUUUAUUUUAAAUUACUGUUGCAUGAGGUAGUAACUGAGCAGAGCCCUUUCCCCGGCAAAUUAGACAUGUGCAUUGAAGUCCUUUGGGGCAGAAAUCGUACAAACUGAAACUGGUGAAUUAGUAACAUCAAGAAUUUAAGAUGUUGAAUACCUGAACCAGUGGUUGCUUUUUAUUGUUCUCUAGAGAGCAUAAAAAUAGUAUAAAGCCAAAAUAGACUGUCUUGUUUGAUUAGAGCUGUCGGAAAAGCAGCUAGGAAAGUUCACUUGAGUUGAAGAACAAGCUAUAGUACUGAGGGAUACAUUGGGACCUUGUUUAGUACUAUCCUUUCUGGGUAUGCUUGGUUUCAUCUGGCAUGUCAGAUGAUGCCUCCGAUAUUGAUUAAUCGCCAGUUGUUUAAUAAAUAACCUAUAAUGCGCAUUGUUUUUUCUUCCUCCUCUUCAUCCCCCUCUCCCCACCCUUCUUUCCCAGAAGAAAAAGAAGAGCAGGCUCUUCUGUCAGUUCCUGUCAGUUCAGUUGUGCCAGUGUUAGAAGGACAGGGUGAUAUGCCCAAACUUAUUUCUGUUUUUUUAAGUAGUAAGCAUACCGUUGUCAUUUGAAAUCGUUUUUAAAGCAGAUAAAGAAUUUUUUGUGCUGUUUCUAAAAGGGCAUGGCAUUUUUAGUAGAAUUUGGUGACCGUCCAUCUGAGAUUCUAUGAGCUAUUUGGAAUUAUAUUUUAGAUACAAUCUUGAUAUUUUAAUUUUAAUAAGUUUGAUGAGUUUUAAUAGAUAUGUAACAUAGUGUUAACUUAAAUUGGAAGAAUCUGCUAUUUGGAAGAAAAUAGUUAUUUAACAGCAGUAUUGAACAAACAUUGGCACCAUUCAUGAGAUUGUGCUCUCCACCCCAAAGAAUGACUAAGAAGCAGUGUGUUUUUCUAGCCUAAUAACUUAUUAGAACAAACAUGAAAGAAUAUAUAUAUAUAUUUGGCCAUAGCACAGUUCAUUAACCAGUUUGAAGGGGUCUGUUGGAGGAAGAGGGAUGGCUCUAUAGAACUUCUAAAAUCUAGGCACUCACUCAUUUUCACUCUUAAGCCUUGAUACUGUGAACCCUGUCAGCUUUGGCAUUGUUCUGAUAUUGGUGAAACUCCAGCAGGGAGGAAUUUGGCAGCAUGCAUGGUUAAAUAUUGUUCUUGAGACAACAGCAUGGCUUGGAGUGGGGAGCUGGGAAGCAAUUUUAGGUUCAUCUGCACUUGGGGCAUCAAGGGAACAGUUCAGUCUUACCAGAAUUUUCCUACUUGGCAUUUAGUGGUUGUGUUAAGCAUUUUAUUUAUUGGACUUUGGUUUCACAGUUUCAAAUAAACCAGCUAACUGUCUAACUA